AAAAAACUGGGAAGCCUUUGCCCCUGACAGCAACUCAGAAGACAGCUGCAUUACACUGGGGGCGUGUCAUUCAAACCGCCACAUCACGCCGUCAAAAACCAUUUAUCAGAUGAAUACUUUCAACAUUUCACAGUUCUCUGUAAGACCCACGAUGAUAGUAUGAUCAAAUCGUUUAACUCUGUAAAAAAUUUAACGUUCCUGUCUUCCAAUGGGGGACCUCAUUGUUGACUCACAGAAGGGCUAACGAGCUUGAGAAAGAGCAAAAAUCAACGUUAAGUCGCCGUGUUCUACCAUUGUCUGAUCUUGGAAUGUACGGUGGAACCAGCGGCCAUACAAAAUUGCAGGGUGUGGGGGUUUCAUGAAAUCCAUACUCUCUUUUUCUUUUUUUUUUGUUUCUUUCUCUCUCUGACUUUUCAGCUUUUGUAUUUGUUUAUUUUGAUAUUCAAAUUUGAUACUUUUAUGGACUACGAUUCUCUUUACAAGGCACUGCACAACUCUACUUAACGUAGCUUGUGAGGAUUGAGCUGCAUAGAAUUAACGCUAUAGGGAUAUACUCAUUUCUUCUCUCUCUGUGAGCAAAGAGAGGAACAGUGGAACAAAACUGAGAGAUGAGAAGCGUUUGCAGUCAUCUUCUGCUCGAUAUUUCCCUGAUUCUUCUGCUAUUCUCUGCCAGCAGCAAUGGUUACAGUGAUCUUGAAGUUCUGUUGAAGCUCAAGUCUUCCAUGAUUGGACCGAAAGGUUCGGGACUAGAGGACUGGGAAUUCUCCUCGUCUCCCUCUGCGCAUUGUCAUUUCUCUGGUGUUCAAUGCGAUGAGGAAUUCCAUGUUGUUUCUCUGAAUGCGUCGUUUGCUCCUCUCUCUGGCACCAUACCACCGGAGAUAGGGCUUCUGAACAAGCUCGUCAACCUCACUAUUGCUGCCGCUAAUCUUACAGGGAAGAUUCCGGUGGAGAUGGGGAAUUUGACUUCUCUCAAGUUAUUCAACAUCUCCAACAAUGUUUUCAAAGGCAGUUUCCCUGGAGAAAUCCUUACAGGUAUGACUGAGCUUGAGAUUCUUGAUGCUUAUAACAAUAAUUUUACGGGUCUUCUUCCCAUUGAGGUCGCGAACCUGACGAAUAUAAAGCAUCUAUGUUUGGGAGGCAACUUUUUCACCGGAGAGAUACCAGAGAAGUACUCUGACAUCCAGAGCUUGGAGUACUUGGGUCUAAACGGCAUCGGUUUAACAGGGAAAAGUCCUGCGUUUUUGGCUCGUUUGAAAAACCUGAAAGAAAUGUACAUUGGAUAUUUCAACGCCUAUGUUGGAGAAAUUCCACCUGAGUUCGGAACAUUGAGUCAACUCCAAGUUCUCGACAUGGCAAGCUGCAACCUAACCGGUGAGAUUCCUGUGAGUUUGAGCAAUUUGAAGCACUUGCACACAUUAUUCCUUCAACUGAACCGCCUUACAGGACGUAUUCCAUCCGAACUCUCUGGUUUAAUCAGCUUGAAAUCGCUUGAUCUUUCAAUAAAUGAACUAACAGGGGAGAUACCAGAGAGUUUCUCUGCCUUGCAGAAUAUUACACUCAUACAUUUGUUCAAAAAUAAUCUCUACGGUCCAAUCCCGUCUUUCGUUGGUGAUUUUCCUCAUCUCGAAGUGCUUCAAGUGUGGGGAAACAACUUCACGCGUGAGUUACCAGAGAAUCUUGGCCGUAACGGGAAGCUUUUCAAGCUUGACGUUACUUCGAAUCACCUCACUGGAUUGAUUCCAAGGCAUUUGUGUGAGGGAGGGAGGUUGGAGACGUUGAUUCUGAUGGAUAAUUUCUUCUUUGGUCCACUCCCUCGAGAACUCGGUAACUGCACGUCUCUUACCAAGAUUCGUAUCAUGAAAAACCUUCUCAAUGGAACAAUUCCAGCUGGAAUUUUCAACUUGCCCUUGCUGAGUAUUGUCGAGUUGAACGACAAUUUCUUCUCUGGUGAACUCCCAACCCAGAUGUCAGGUGCUUCGCUUGGCCAGUUAAAAGUUUCAAACAAUUGGAUCACUGGUAAAAUCCCUCCAGCAAUCAGCAAUUUGCGUAAUUUGCAGGUCUUGUCUCUAGAAAUGAACAAAUUUUCGGGUGAAAUUCCUGAGGAAAUCUUCAAUAUCAAGUUACUUUCAAAGAUAAACAUCAGUGACAACAGUAUUACUGGUGAAAUCCCUCCUUCGAUUUCUCGGUGUACUUCACUUACUUCAAUUGAUUUCAGUCAGAACAGUCUCACUGGUGAAAUUCCUAAAGGAAUUGAAAAGUUGAAAGAUUUAAGCAUCCUCAAUUUUUCAAGAAACCAGCUAACUGGUGAAAUCCCUGGUGAAAUCCGAUACAUGAUAAGUCUCACAACUCUUGAUCUCUCGUAUAAUAACUUCGUCGGCAGAAUCCCCAGUGGUGGCCAAUUUUCAGUCUUUAACGACACUUCGUUUACUGGAAACCCCAACCUCUGUCCCCCGCGCCACGUUACUUGUCCAGCUCUGAUGAACCAAGCUAAAGGGUCAGGUCAUGGCCAGGCAGCGUCUUUCACUGCUUCAAAGCUCAUAAUCACAAUCAUCACGUCGAUCACUGCUUUGUCAUUGAUAGUUGUCACGGUUUACAGAAUGAGAAAGAGGAGGCUUCAAAAAUCACGAGCCUGGAAGCUCACUGCUUUCCAAAGGCUAGAUUUCAAAGCUGAGGACGUGCUGGAGUGCUUGAAGGAAGAGAACAUUAUAGGGAAAGGAGGCGCUGGGAUUGUCUACCGCGGUUCCAUGCCGGAUGGCCUUGACGUGGCGAUUAAAAGAUUGGUGGGUCGUGGAACUGGAAGGAGUGAUCAUGGGUUCUCGGCGGAGAUUCAAACUCUGGGUCGAAUCAGGCACCGGAACAUUGUGAGACUGUUGGGUUACGUGUCGAAUAAGGACACGAAUCUGUUGUUGUACGAGUAUAUGCCUAACGGGAGCUUGGGAGAGAUGUUGCAUGGGUCAAAGGGUGCACAUUUGCAGUGGGAGAGGCGGUAUAGGAUUGCCGUGGAGGCUGCCAAGGGACUGUGUUACCUUCACCAUGAUUGCUCGCCACUGAUUAUACACAGGGAUGUGAAGUCGAAUAACAUAUUGCUUGAUGAAGAUUAUGAAUCUCAUGUCGCUGAUUUCGGGCUGGCUAAGUUCUUGCAGGAUGCCGGUGCAUCCGAGUGCAUGUCCUCCAUUGCUGGUUCCUACGGCUACAUCGCGCCAGAGUACGCCUACACGCUGAAGGUCGAUGAGAAAAGCGAUGUGUACAGUUUCGGUGUAGUGCUGCUGGAGCUGAUAGCAGGGAGAAAACCCGUGGGGGAAUUCGGAGACGGGGUGGACAUAGUGAGGUGGGUCAGGAAGACCACAUCGGAACUCCCUCAGCCGUCCGAUCCUGCUUCAGUGUUGGCGGUCGUGGACCCCAGACUAAGCGAGUACCCACUGACAGGUGUCAUCUAUCUGUUCAAGGUAGCUAUGCUGUGCGUCGAGGAUGAGAGCUCUGCCAGGCCCACCAUGAGAGAAGUUGUUCACAUGCUCACCAAUCCUCCACAGUCUGCUCCAAGCCUCCUCAACUUUUAGAAAUGCUCUCCAUUGCCAAUGCUUUCUGCAGUAAAUAAAAAACAUAGAAACUGGAAUAUUUUUCUAACCAAGGGUCUUGGGUAUUAGAAAAAGGGUCACCCUAACCUUCCAUAAUGGAAGAAAUUGUGUGUUGUGUUACUCUUAUUUUUCUUUUUUUUUUUCAAUGUAAAAUGCUGCUUUCUGUUUUUGUUUGAUAAAUUAGCGUGUGGAAGUAAUUGAAAAGUUGUAUAUUUGAUGCUAUUUGCCUUUUUUUUU